AUGGGUAAAGCUAUUCACUUCGGUGGCGGAAAUAUCGGGCGUGGUUUCGUUGGAGAGUUCCUCCACGACGCUGGGUAUGAAGUCGUCUUUGUCGAUGUUGUCGACGACCUUAUCUCCUCUAUCCAAAAGACUCCCACGUAUGACAUCACGGAGAUCAGUGAUCAAGAGGAGACUACAAAGACAAUCGACAACUAUCGCGCCCUCAACUCCAAAUCUGACGAAGCCGGGGUCGUCCAGGAAAUCGCAACUGCAGACAUCGUGACAUGCGCCGUUGGCCCCAGAGUUCUUCAAUUCAUUGCCCCUGUCAUUGCUAAGGGCAUUGACUCCCGUACCCUGUCAAAUCCGCUAACUGUCAUCGCUUGCGAGAACGCCAUCAACGCCACCGACACACUCCGCGGCCACAUCGAGAAGAAGGCUUCCGCCGAUACCCUCUCCAGCCGCGCUGUCUUCGCCAACUGCGCCAUUGACCGCAUCGUCCCCAAUCAGCCUCCGAACAACGGUCUCAAUGUCCGAAUUGAGAAGUACUACGAAUGGGUUGUUGAAGAACUUCCCUUCAAGAAGCACGGUGUUGCACCUCCCAAAAUCCCUGCCAUCCACUGGGUGGAGAAUCUCGACCCCUAUAUCGAGCGCAAGCUAUUCACCGUUAACACCGGGCACGCCACGACUGCCUACUACGGCCACCUUGCCGGCAAGAAGACUAUCGCCGACGCCCUCCGCGAUUCACAUAUCCGCAGUACUGUCCACAAGGUUCUCGAUGAAACCGCAUCUCUGAUCAUCGACAAACACGGUAUUUCACAGCAGGAACAGAAGGAAUAUGUCGAUAAGAUCGUCGAACGUAUCUCGAACCACUACCUCGAGGACGGCGUUGAGCGUGUGGGUCGGGCUCCACUGCGCAAGCUUUCCCGCAACGAACGCUUUAUCGGACCUGCCUCCCAGCUUGCUGAACGCGGCCUGAAAUUCGAUGCUAUUCUCGGCGCCAUUGAGCAGGCUCUCCGCUUCCAAAAUGUACCCGACGACCAAGAGAGUGCAGAACUUGCGAAGAUUCUUAAGGAACAAACAGCCGAGGACGCCACAAAAACACUCACCGAGCUCGAACAGGACCACCCACUUUAUUCCCAUGUUCUUGAACGCGUGAGGACCGUUCAGCAAGAGUCCAAGUAG